AUGGAAGUUCGCAACUCCAUCUCGGGGCAGCGCGAAACUGCGGCGGACUCGACAAUCAUGGCGUUCGACCCAGACCAGCGAUACAUACUGUCGACGUUGGAGAGGGUGGGUGGGGCGCUGUCGUUGGUCGGGGUGUCGAUGAUCUUUGUGACCUUUUACGCCUCGAAACGAAUCAGGACGGUACCGAAUACAUUCAUCUUGUUUGCGUCGAUUGCCAAUGUCGGCGCCUGCGUUGCCAGUCUGAUCGCGCUGGAGGGCAUCGAGCAAGGCGAGACUUCACCGCUGUGCCAGACCCAGGCCUUUCUGUUUGAGAUGUUUAUGCAGUCUGACCCCUGGUGGUCUUUUGCCAUGGCCAUCAACGUCUACCUCGUCUUCUUUUGGUCGACAAACCCAACGAGCUUUCGCAAGCAUUUAUGGAUAUACUGUGCGAUUUGCUUUGGCGUCCCAGCUGUGCCUGCUUUUAUAUGCCUGUUUUACAGGCCCGGCGGCGCUUAUAUCUAUGGGGAUGCGAUUCUUUGGUGCUGGAUUGACAACAACUUCAACCAGCUGCGCAUCUGGACCUACUACCUCCCGAUAUGGGUGUGCAUCUUUCUCUCAGCAGUCAUUUACGUGGCCGUGGGCUACCAGGUGUUUCACCAACGCAACCAGCUACGCAACCUAACGCUCAGCAACCCUGGCAAGGAGACAUCCACAUCCGACGUACGCGACUCUGCUGAAAAGAACCUUACCGGACAUGGAAGCUACUAUGGUACGGUGACUACAGAAGUCCAGGUCACGACCAUGGACCACUGCUGCGACGCACACACAACACACUCGAUCACGCCACCGCCGACGCCGCCCAACAACUGGAACUCAAACUCAAACACAACCUUGACCCCACCACCCUGCUAUCAUCCCUGGGUGAGCACCGCGACUUUUCCCUUUGACCUCGAGGCUUGCAACGGCAGCGGGCCCUCCCAGACAAAUUUCAACGCCGGCACCAACCAGGACAGCUUUGCACAGCCUGGGCCCCUGCCACGACCUUUGAGCCCCUGCGGCAACCCCAAUUGCCACUAUGCAAACAUACCAAACGCCAUUUUCCCGAUACCACCCCCCGCGUCUCCCACCACCAAGAGACAGGCAACGGCAUCCAGCGCGGCAACCCACAGGAGCAGCCCGCCUCCUCAACCUCAAACCUUCUCGACGACUUCGGUCAUCACGGCGGCACCUCGCCCGAAACGGCGCAGCACAUCGCGGCCCUCGGUGCUCACCCGCGUCCAGUCCUCGGGCCACCGCAUCACAGCCAAGCUCCGCCACAUGGACCCCGUCAAGCUCGCAUACCUGAGGACGUCGUUUGUGUUUGCCAUUUCCGUGCUCGUGACCUGGACGCCGAGCAGCAUCAACCGCGUCUACAACCUCGUCUACCCGGAGCAGGCCUCGUACGGCCUGAACCUGGCCAGCGCCGCCGUCCUGCCGCUGCAGGGCGUCUGGAACGCCGUCAUCUACUUCUCCACCAGCCACAAGAUCCUGCGCGAGGAGCUCGAGGUGGCUUCGUCGCGCCGCCCCGUCCUGCGCAGGGUGCUCACCUGGUUGCGCAUGAUCGAUCCCAGCAGUGUGCAUCUCGUCGGGGUCGACGGCGGUUCCUUGGACCGUGCCCGGUCCGCCGGUGUCGUCUCGGGGUCGGUCUGCCACGGCGGCCCGAGCGGAGCUGUCCCUCCCGCAGUGGCCAGCCCGGCAUUCGAGAGGACGACGACGCGGGGCGGCAGACUGUCGCGGCACUACAGCUCCGAUGCCGUCGAGAUGAACACCCGAAACCCCCGCAUCGGUAGUAACGUGCGGGUGCAGAAGGGUGGUCAGUUGGAUAUUAGUUUAUGA